AGCAGCUGGACUGCAGUGAUCCAAAGGGGGGGAAAAAAACACGGCUAUUUUGACUGCUACUCCACAUAUGCGGAUGCUGCAGCAGAGACUUCUGCAGGAUCUGCAUUAAUAGGUCUAGAGAUACAACAUUUCUUCUAUUUCUUCUACUCGAGUCAUCAAAAUGGUCGUAUGGACAAGAGUAUUGUUCAGUGUACAUGUGGUUAUGCAGUUAACCUAUAUGGUGACUUCCCAAGGAAUUGUUUAUGAUCUCCUGGUGUCACCAGAUUGUUUGCCUGAUCUCCUGCAAGGGGGACUGAAGAAUAAGAACGUGAAUGACGUUUUUAUCCUGACAACGUUUCAGGUCCAGAAUAAAGCUCCAGUGCGUGUUUUCCGCAUUUACAACCCUACAGACAACACCGAUCAUUUUGAUUUCACUGUACAUGGGAAGCUCAACAAAGUCUCUCUGAGGUAUCUGAAAAGCAAUGGAAAGACAGGCACGGCUACCUUCCUUAAAGUGCCGUUGGCUGAUGGCCGGCCGCACAAUGUUAUGCUGCACUUCAGCGGGCUGACGCAUGGCACUCCUCGCAUGGCUCUGUAUGUGGACUGCAGGCUGGUGGAGAUAGUGGAGGAACUGCCUGCUGCCUUUAAGACACUACCUUCUGGCCCUAAUCGAGUGGCAUUAAAAACCAUGUCAGCUACAUCAGAAGAUAGUGUGUCAGACCUUAAGCUAGUUCUGGGUGAAUCAAUAGAGAAUGUUGUGGAGCUUCAAGACUGUUCUCUCCAGCAAGGUGAAUCACUGCAAUUGCUAGGCAUCUCAUCAAAGCUGGAGCCAGGCCCCAUGUUUGAACUUGUACAGAUGAUUCAAGACCUGAAAGAGAAAAUGGACCAGCAGAUCCAGGAGACUGCAAAUUUAAGGAGAAUAGUUAUGGAGUGUGUUCCAUGUGAUGGGCAAAACACCAGGCCAGACUCCAAAACCAAGUGUGCGCCAGGAGUGUGCUUCCAGCAGAGCAUGUGUACUGAGACAGAGCGAGGCUUCAAGUGUGCACCGUGUCCUGAAGGCUAUAAUGGAGACGGAGUCCACUGUGAGGAUGUGGAUGAGUGUCAGUUCAACCCGUGUUUCCCUGGUGUGCGAUGCAUUAACACAGUCCCAGGGUUCCGGUGUGAGAGAUGCCCCAGAGGGUACAGUGGGCCAGAGUUGCAGGGUGCGGGCAACACCUACGCCCAGUUACGUAAGCAGGUCUGUAAUGAUAUAGACGAGUGCCAAAGUGUGGACAAUGGAGGCUGCACUCCUAAUUCCUAUUGCCACAAUACAUUGGGUUCAUUCUACUGUGGAGAGUGUAAGCCUGGGUUCACUGGAGACCCGACAAGUGGCUGCAAGCAGACCUCUGGACCUCAGGAUCCUGGAUCUGAUCCGGUUGAUCCUGCUGCUCUCACUACCAGGCUGUGUGGGAACGGUGAGCGCAACCCCUGCGAUGUCAACGCGGAGUGUAUUGUGGAGAGAGAUGGAAGCAUCAGCUGUGUGUGCAACAUCGGCUGGGCCGGUAACGGCUACGUUUGCGGGAAGGACACGGACAUCGACGCAUACCCUGACAAAAAACUUCCAUGCCAGGAUACAUACUGCAAAAAGGACAACUGCAUGUUUGUGCCGAAUUCAGGCCAGGAAGACGCAGAUGGCGAUGGAAAAGGUGAUGCCUGCGAUGAAGAUGCAGACAGCGAUGGAAUCCUCAAUGAGAAGGACAACUGCUGGCUGACCCCAAACGUAAACCAGAAGAACAGUGAUGAAGAUCCUCAUGGUGACGCAUGUGACAACUGCCUAAAAGUAAAUAACCCAGACCAGCGGGACACAGACCAGGAUGGACUCGGAGAUGAUUGUGACGAUGACAUGGAUGGCGAUGGCGUGAAAAAUAUUUUGGAUAACUGCCAGAGAGUUCCCAACCGUGACCAAGUGGACAGUGAUAAUGAUGGUGUGGGAGAUAUUUGUGACAGCUGUCCUGAUGUGCCCAACCCCAACCAGUCAGAUGUCGACGAUGACCUUGUAGGAGACACGUGCGAUACCAACAGUGACAGUGAUGGGGACGGACACCAGAACACCAAAGAUAACUGCCCUACAGUCAUGAACAGCGCUCAGUUAGACACGGACAAGGACGGGCUUGGGGACGAAUGCGAUGAUGAUGACGAUAACGAUGGCGUGCCAGAUAAUAAAGACAACUGCAGAUUGGUGCCCAAUGCAGACCAAGAAGAUAAAGACAAUGACAAUGUGGGUGAUGCAUGUACUGGAGACUUUGACCAGGACCGGGUGAUUGACAAGAUCGACACAUGUCCUGAGAAUGCAGAGAUCACACUGACAGACUUCAGAGCAUAUCAGACUGUGGUGUUGGACCCGGAAGGCGAGGCUCAGAUUGACCCCAACUGGGUCGUCCUCAAUCAGGGCAUGGAGAUCGUUCAGACGAUGAACAGCGAUCCAGGACUCGCAGUGGGUUACACAGCUUUCAGUGGCGUGGAUUUCGAGGGAACUUUCCAUGUGAACACUGUGACUGACGAUGACUACGCUGGCUUCAUCUUUGGCUACCAGGACUCUUCCAGUUUCUACGUGGUUAUGUGGAAGCAGACAGAGCAGACGUACUGGCAGGCUGUGCCUUUCAGGGCCGUGGCUGAACCUGGCAUCCAGCUCAAGGCUGUGAAAUCCAAGACGGGGCCUGGCGAGUUUCUGAGGAACUCUCUGUGGCACACGGGGAACACCAAGGAUCAAGUGCAGUUGCUGUGGAAAGAUCCUCGUAACGUAGGCUGGAAGGACAAGGUCUCAUACCGCUGGAACCUGCAGCAUCGGCCUCAAGUCGGAUACAUCAGGGUCCGUUUCUAUGAAGGCGCCAGCAUGGUGGCAGACUCCGGCAUGGUCAUCGACACGAGCAUGAGGGGGGGCCGUCUGGGCGUGUUCUGCUUCUCCCAGGAAAACAUCAUCUGGUCCAAUCUGAAAUAUCGCUGCAAUGACACGAUCCCUGAAGACUACCAGGAGCACGUUGCACAGGACUCCAUCAGGAAAGAGGAUACACAGGAUAAGUCUACGCAGUAACCACAUGCCCAGUAUAUCUGACUGGAGCUGGGGGGGGGGGGGGGGGGAUACAAUGGGUUGGUUAGUGUUAUUUAAAUAAAUCAUAUUAUUGUCUCUUAUAAUUAAGGAGGAUUAAAUUGGACCAGAUAUUUAAGAGUACCAUAUUAACCAGUUGCUUUGUAAGAAUUUCGGGGUAAAGUCUGCCGUAAUGUCUCCACAAAACGAGUCGACUAUGGAAGGUGGAAUUCAAGUAAGCAGAAAUGCUUCUUUGUGCUUUUCUCACAUAUUGGAUGCAUUCAGUGUUACAUGGAAAAGUCAGCAAGCCUGACGGUAACUAAUGAUGACUUUGGGACCCGACUUGCAUUCUCUACUCUCAUACACAACUUUCCUAUUAGUUUCACUGUGAAUAAUAACGAUAAUGAAUAAUUCAGAAUGCUCACGGAUGAGUAAUGUGCUUUAAGAUGAAUAAUUGAAUAAUAAGUGAGGGGUCUAUGGGUUUUAAAUGCUGUAUGAGGAAAAUGAAUGUUUGCGGAGAGAUUCAUGUUUAGAGCAGCCGGUCUAUGAAAGAGGAAUGUCAGAUUCUGUUCAACCUCAAAACAACCAACUUUUUUUUUUUUUCCUUCUUCUUUUGUAAAUCUGUGAAUGCUUAUUAUGGGAUGGGUGUAAAACUGUGGAAACGUGGUUCUUUUUGUAAUUUUAUUAGGAUUGGGUAGCAUCAAAAAAUGUUAUGGAAUCUUUUCCUAGCUUUUUCUACACCAGCUCCCUGUCACGAUCUACCAAGAUGCAAUUAAAAGCCACCUUCUCUUUCUACGGAAAA